AUGGAGGAAAGGCUGUCUGAACUUACAUAACUUGUUGUUUGAGGUUGAGUGUAAAGUCCAGAGAGAGAGGGCGACAGAGAGAGAAGACAAUCACUGCAUUAUUACACCAUGUAACAUAAUUUAACACGGAAGAGCUGCAUGAAACAUUUGAGGAAAGCAGAAGAGAGGAGCAAACAAAAAGGAUCAAGAGAUUCACAGGGACACAUUUUCAACAUAAUGGAAAUCCCAGACUUGUCCUCAAUGAAGCUAACUCGUAGACCUGAGUUGUUUGAUUUUGAGGGUGUUUCUAUGGUCCACUACUUCACUGACAACUGGGAAAAGGUGAAAAACUUUCAAGCAAGACCUGAUGACAUUCUAAUCGCCACUUACCCCAAAGCAGGUACCACCUGGGUUUCGUAUAUUCUUGACCUUCUGUAUUUUGGUAAGAAUGCUCCAGAGCACCAGACUUCCCAGCCAAUCUAUAUGAGAGUGCCAUUUCUGGAGUCAUGUUUCCAAGUGGUACCAUCAGGGACAGAGCUGGCUGAUAAUCUGCCCACUUCUCCUCGCCUCAUCAAAACUCAUUUGCCUGUUCAGCUUGUGCCCAAGUCCUUCUGGGAGCAGAACUCAAGGAUUGUGUAUGUAGCGCGGAAUGCCAAAGACAAUGCUGUUUCCUAUUUUCAUUUUGAUCGAAUGAAUAUGGGAGAACCUGAACCAGGAGACUGGAACACCUUCUUACAGAAAUUUUUGGAAGGAAAGAAUGUGUUUGGUCCUUGGUUCGACCACGUCAGUGGAUGGUGGGAGAAAAAACAGACAUAUUCUAACUUACUGUACUUGUUCUAUGAAGAUUUGGUGGAAGACACCGGACGUGAAGUGGAACGUUUGUGUUCCUUCUUGGGUUUGUCCACUUCAGUUGAAGAGAGGGAGAAAAUAACAAAAGGGGUUCAGUUUGACGCCAUGAAACAGAACAAGAUGACCAAUUAUUCCACAGUCCCAAUCAUGGACUUCAAGAUCUCACCCUUCAUGCGGAAAGGUAAAGUUGGAGACUGGAAAAAUCACUUCACUGUGGCACAAAAUGAACAGUUUGAUGAGGUCUACAAACAGAAGAUGAAGAAUACCAAUGUCAAGUUCCGCACUGUGAUUUAAUACUUGAGUUCUGGACCUUGCACCAGAAUUAUCACUAAAUCGUCAGAUUAUUUUAUAUUAUAAACAUUUUUCCAAUUAUAAGAUAUGUUUCCCUAUCUCAAUGUAAUGUGCAACAAAGACAACUAUACUGUAAGAGCAACAUUUAUUAGCUGAUUUCAGCAAAAAGUGGUAGUUUUUAUACAUUGUGAAAGAACACAUUUAUAAGAAUUUAUCAUUUUUAGUUCUAUUUUUCCCAUUUAAAUAACACUUUUACCAGUAUGUUGUUAAAAUGAAUAUAUUGAUCUUAAAUUUACCAAGCACUAAUGCAGUGCUUAUUUAAAUGAUUAAAGUUUUGUGAAAGUCAUGUGGGGAGUAAGAUAACUCAGAGGGUAAACUGACCCUUCAAUUAAAAUGCUUCUAUAUAUAUAUAUAUAUAUAUAUAUAUACAUAUAUAUAUAUAUAUAUAUAUAUAUAUAUAUAUAUGUGUGUGUGUGACCCUGGCCCACAAAACCAGUCACAAGUCGCACGGGUAGCCAACAAUACACUGUAUGGGUUGAAAUUAUCAAUUUUUCUUUUAUGCCAAAAAUCAUUAGGAUAUUAAGUAAAGAUCAUGUUCCAUGAAGAUAUUUUGUAAAUUUCCUACCAUAAAUAUAUCAAAAAUGUAUUUUUGUGAGUGGA